UUUUCAUUGCAGCUAAGUUCAAAUUCAUUUCUUGGUCACAAGAGAAAGAAUAAUUCCAUUCAUCUCGAGAAUUACAACAUUUUAAAUGUCAACCAAAAAAGCACCGCAGAAGAAGUGCGAGAAUCUUAUAUACGACUUGCGAAAAAGUUUCAUCCAGAUAGUGGAUCGGAGAAUGCCAACCCAGAAAAAUUUGCCCAGAUCCAAGAUGCCUAUUACUCAAUUAUGAGGAACUUACAACAGCAUCAGGUUUCCAAACCAGAAAUACCUCUAAAAGAUGAAGACAGUGAGAAAAUUGAACGUCUGUCUCCACACCAUCGACAUUACCUCAGCUUUGAAGGAAUCGGCAGUGGAACCCCUACCAGGAGGGAGAGACAAUAUCGGCAACAUCAAAUAAGACGAGCAGCAGAGAACAUUUUUCAGUACAGGAUCGAGAAGUAUGGAGAAACGGAGGACAGUGCAAUGGUUGUGAAGGACAAGAAAGCAACAAGAAAGCACAAAAUAAGUAAUACCAUCGACCGUGUUGUGGAGGACCUCAUUCAGGACGCUAUGUCCAAGGGAGAAUUCCAUAAUCUCUCAGGAGCUGGCAAACCUAUUGUCUACAAAAAUGUGACUACGACCCUUGACUCCCACACUCAUAGACUGAACCAAGUUUUAAUCAACAAUGGCUACUCACCUGAGUGGAUUACAAUGAUGAAAGAGAUAAGGGAACAUGUUGCUCUUUUACGUCAUAACAUCGCCAUGCAUUAUACACAAGGGCCGACCAACCUCACCGCCCAUGCAGUUGAGAAGUUCCAAACUGGCAUCAGGGACAUAAACGUCAAGAUAGAUAAAUACAACAUGAUAGUGCCAAUCCUCCGCAAACAAAUGGUCCACUACGAUUGUGGGAAAGAACUGAGCACCGUACAGGCCAAGCCCCACCGUUACAUAAACCCAGAAUUAAAUAAAAUUUCGGCAAAGGUGCUCGCCCAGAAAGAUGCUCUUCAUAGCGAUCCUAUUAACUGGUCACAAGUAUGGAAGGACAUUAAGGCAGUAUUUAAGUAAUUACAUAUCAACUAGGGAACCAAUUAAAUAAACUUGUUAUUUUUUGUUUGUU